CGUCUCCAGGCCGCCGCCACCGCCGCGCCCCGGCGGCUGCCUGCCUCCCCUCCUGCUUCGGAAAGGGCUGGGCUUUUCGGAGGCUUGGCGGGAAAAAGAACGGAGGGAGGGAUCGGCCUGCAGUAUAAAAGCCGGUUUUUGGGGCUUUAUCUGACUCGCUGUAGUAAUUCCAGCGAGAGGCAGAGGGAGCGAGCGGGCGGGCCUGAGAGAGGGUGCAAAGCCGAGCUAGCAGAGCCGCGCUCGGGCGUCCAGAGAAGCGAGGUCCGGAGUGAAAGGGGGGCUUUUGCCUCCGGCCCAGGAUCUCCCACCCCACCCCUCCUGCUGACCUGUCACCAGCGGCCCGCAGCCGUCGCCGCAUCCCCCAAACUUUGCCCGUUGCAGCGGGCAGGCACUUUGCACAGGAACUUACAACACCCGAGCGAGGACGCGACAACCCGGACGCGGGGAAGCUAUUUCGCCUAUUUAGGGACACUUUUCGCUGCUGCUCAGAACCCGCUCCUCUGAAAGGCGCUCCCCGCCGCUGUUCGGACGCUGGAUUUCCUCCGCGUAGUGGGAAACUCGGCUGCCGCGACGAUGCCCCUCAACGUCAGCUUCGCCAGCAGGAACUAUGACCUCGACUACGACUCGGUGCAGCCCUAUUUCUACUGCGACGAGGAGGAGAACUUCUACCAGCAGCAGCAGCAGAGCGAGCUGCAGCCGCCCGCGCCCAGCGAGGAUAUCUGGAAGAAAUUCGAGCUGCUGCCCACCCCGCCCCUGUCACCCAGCCGCCCAUCCGGGCUCUGCUCGCCCUCCUACGUAGCCGUCGCGUCCUUCUCCCCCAGGGGAGACGACGACGGCGGCGGCGGCAGUUUCUCCACCGCCGACCAGCUGGAGAUGGUGACCGAGCUGCUGGGAGGAGACAUGGUGAACCAGAGCUUCAUCUGCGACCCGGACGACGAGACCUUCAUCAAGAACAUCAUCAUCCAGGACUGUAUGUGGAGCGGCUUCUCCGCCGCCGCCAAGCUGGUCUCCGAGAAGCUGGCCUCCUACCAGGCUGCGCGCAAAGACAGCGGCAGCCCGAGCCCCGCCCGCGGGCACAGCGGCUGCUCCACCUCCAGCUUGUACCUGCAGGACCUGAGCGCCGCCGCCUCCGAGUGCAUCGACCCCUCGGUAGUCUUCCCCUACCCGCUCAACGACGGCAGCUCGCCCAAGCCCUGCGCCUCGCCGGACUCCACCGCCUUCUCCCCGUCCUCGGACUCCCUGCUCUCCUCCACCGAGUCCUCUCCGCGGGCCAGCCCCGAGCCCCUGGCGCUCCACGAGGAGACACCUCCCACCACCAGCAGCGACUCUGAGGAAGACCAAGAGGAUGAGGAAGAAAUUGAUGUCGUUUCUGUAGAAAAGAGGCAGCCCCCUACCAAAAGGUCGGAAUCGGGGUCACCCUCCGCUGGAGGCCACAGCAAACCCCCUCACAGUCCACUGGUUCUCAAGAGGUGCCAUGUCUCCACCCAUCAGCACAAUUACGCCGCACCACCCUCCACCAGGAAGGACUACCCAGCUGCCAAGAGGGCUAAGCUGGACAGUGGCAGAGUCCUGAAACAGAUCAGCAACAACCGGAAAUGUGCCAGCCCCAGGUCCUCAGACACCGAGGAGAAUGACAAGAGGCGGACACACAAUGUCCUGGAACGCCAGAGGCGAAACGAGCUGAAACGAAGCUUUUUUGCUCUGCGUGACCAGAUCCCCGAGUUGGAAAACAAUGAAAAGGCCCCCAAAGUAGUUAUCCUUAAAAAAGCCACAGCAUACAUCCUGUCUGUUCAAGCAGAGGAGCAAAAGCUCAUUUCAGAAAAGGAUUUGUUAAGGAAGCGGCGAGAACAGUUGAAACACAAACUUGAACAGCUACGGAACUCUUGUGCAUAAAUUGACCUAUUGGAGGGAGGGACUGGAGUCGCCUCUGAAUUCUCACUUGUUACCAAGGGAAGUAAGGAAGAAGGUUCCUCCUUUCAGAACUUCUGGACUUGUUUUAAAUGCAUGGUCAAGUGCAACCGCACAACCUUGGCUGGGCCUUAGGACUGAAAGGUUUAGCCAUAAUGUAAACUGCCUCAAAUGGAACUUUGGGCAUAAAAGAACUUUUUUUAUGCUU